CACUGAGGCAAGCCCGCAGAGACAGACAACUUGUGAGCAAACGGCUCCUAAAUGUGGAUGAGGAGCAGACGGAGGUUACUAUGGAAACAACCCCAGGAGAACUGGACGUGGUCAGUUUGUUUCACAAACUUCAACACAGCAGGUCAGCGAAGGAGGCCCACCUGAGAGCUUUGAGUAAAGCUUUGCGUGACCCAUCAGCACAACUCACCUUCAUCAAACUGGAGAACUGUAUGCAUCUGCUGGUCGGUCUCCUCACCGGUUCUGACGCUCGGUGUCGUCUGCAGGCUGUUCGGUGUCUUCACGAGCUGUCUCACUCUCCGCACACCAACGUAGCCUCGGCCUGUCUGCCGGCCACUCCCUAUCUACUAACAUACCUGUCUGGUCAGAGCACCAAAUUCACAGAGUUGUGUCUCUACACACUUGGAAACCUGUGCCCAGACAGUGAGGUCGUAAAAGAGAAACUCCUUGCUCAGGGAAUCAUACCAGCACUGGCCAGCUGUUUGGAGAAUCAGAGACAUAACCUUGCAGUGGUGGAGGCUGUGGGCUUCACGCUCUCGCAGCUUCUUCAGACCAACCAUGCAGCAGAGAAA